CACGACCCUUGCCAACAGCACACCAUGGAGUCUUUAAGUAUGCGGUAGCAUUGACGAUGGUUCACUUUGUUAUAUCUAAAUCUUUACUGCCUCCAGGAUGACACUACGAGUUGUUCCCAGUGUACUGGGAAAGAGAGCCUUCCAGGAGCUCUACCAUGCUCCUCGACUUCCUCUCCUCGUAGCCUCCAGACGCCUGCCCACCUCCUACAAUGUCCGAUACUAUGCCAGCUUGCAGGAAGAUCGCGGCCGAGACUCAGGUCCUCCUCCCGGAUUCGACCCAUCAAAAGCUAAGAAGCCUCAGAGCAGCUCUCCCUCCACGUCGCAGCCCUCUCCAGGGACCUUAAGCCCCUCCAAGACUAAAUCUUCCAGUGAAGGUCCGCUGAAGCCUUCGACGUCAUCAUUGGGGUCGCAAGACUGGGAAGAUAAUCCGGAUUUGAGCAUAUCAAAGUUUUCUGAAUUGCCUGGGAAGGAUUUCGGAGUCAAUCAGCAUAUGUUGAUCAAUGAAGAAUUCAAAGAAGCGUUGAGACAGAUACUUUGGAAGUUUCGUGCGCCAAUCCGGUAUGCCUUUGCGUAUGGAUCUGGUGUAUUUCCGCAAAGCUCAGGCAGCACCGUGGGAGACUCUAAAUUACAUCCUUCGCCUCCGGAAGCGAUUAUGAAAGUUCAAGAUGGAAACCAAAAAAUGAUUGAUUUCAUAUUUGGUGUUUCAUACAGUCAACAUUGGCAUUCUUUGAACCUGCAAGAGCAUCGGGACCAUUACUCGGCGGUUGGCUCGUUGGGUUCUUAUGCUGUUUCCAAGAUCCAGGACUCCUUUGGAGCUGGAGUCUACUUUAAUCCUUUUAUCACUGUCAACGGAACUCUUAUAAAAUACGGUGUGGUCAAUUUGGACACCUUAUGUAAGGAUCUGUCAGAGUGGAAUACUCUGUACCUUGCCGGCCGCCUACAGAAACCAGUCAAGAUCUUGCGCGACAACCCAGCUGUCCGACUUGCCAAUCAAGUCAAUUUGAUUGCAGCUGUCCGUACAGCCCUACUGCUUCUUCCUGCCAAUUUCACCGAACGCGAGUUGUAUGGGACCAUCGCCGGGAUAUCCUACAUGGGUGAUCCGAGAAUGAGCAUUGGGGGCGAUGAUCCUCGCAAAGUUGAGAACAUUGUAAAGCACCAGCUCCAGAACUUCCGCCGUCUCUAUGCACCACUUGUUGACAACCUUCCUAAUAUCUCUUUUGUCGAUUCCGCAUGCUCCAGUCGAGAUUGGUUGGAUGAUCCGACUGUCAACGCGAAACUGGCUCAGAACAUGGACCCUGUCACCCGAGGACAUAUGGUUCGACGCCUGCCCAGUGCCUUCCGUCAGAAAUUGUACUUUGAAUAUCAAUCCAAAUUCAACAUCCCUCGAUCCGAAUUCUUGAGGAUGCUUGAACAGACAAAGGAUGAAGAUCCAGAUCGUAUCCGAAAACGGGAGGGUGGUCCUUUCGAACAACGAAUCGCUUCUGAUACCGAAGGCGGCGGCUUACGUGAGGAAGUGCGACAGGUCAUAGAGUCGACCAUUCGAUGGCCUUCAUUUACGCAGAGUCUCAAAGGACCCAUAACAGCAGGUUUUGCCCGAAGCUGGCGGUAUGCGAGUGAAAAGCGGGCAAAAGCUAAAAAGGGAGCUCUUGCAAAACAAUUGGAAUCGGAAAAGGAGAAAAAGGUCUGAUUGAUCCAAGGAGGAGAUGUAGACAGGUUAUAACGUUUUCUUUUGUGUAUAUGUAUGUGUUUGAGACAUUGGAGCGGAUGAUGUGGCAGCUACUUUCCUGCCCUCUCCAGAGAUAGUACCCCAAAAGAUUUUAUACAAACAGAAUUCAAA